AUGGAUACCUCAUUAUCAAAUCUCCCAUACGAUGAUGUCCCUCUUUCUGAAGCGCUCUCACCAGACCCCCAACAUGAACAUGAUUUUGAAGUUGAAAACAACAAUUUCGCCUUCACGCCAGGCCAGCUCAACAAACUACUCAAUCCAAAAUCCCUUGCUGCAUUUCAAGCGCUUGGUGGACCUCACGGGCUAGCAUAUGGUCUCCGAACAGACCUGACAGUGGGUUUGUCGGUUGACGAAGGCGAAAUCCAGGACUAUGUCUCGCUGCAUGCAGCGCAGGAAAUGGCACUGUCGAAAUCGGCAAGCUGGCAACCCAUUUCCUUCGCUGGUUCUGGCCCGGUAUUCAUUAGUCACGGGCAAUCCUCUACGCAGUUCUGCGAUCGGAUUCGGGUCUUCGGACGAAACAGGCUGCCUGAGCCGAGACGGAAAGGAUUUUGGAGGCUUCUCUGGGAUGCGUGUAAUGAUAAAAUCAUCAUUCUUCUCACCAUUGCUGCGGUGAUUUCUUUAUCCUUGGGGAUAUAUGAAGCCGCCGUCGGGCAGUCCAAAGUUGAUUGGAUUGAGGGGGUUUCUAUCUGUGUCGCGGUUCUGAUUGUUGUCACUGUGACGGCAGGAAAUGACUGGCAAAAGGAGAGGCAGUUUGGAAAGUUGAACAAGAGAAAGGCCGACCGGGAUGUCAAAGCUGUUCGUUCUGGGCAACCGGCCAUGGUUCAUAUCACUGAUAUCACUGUUGGCGAUGUGCUUUGUAUUGAGCCUGGGGAUUCACCUCCUGCGGAUGGGAUUCUCAUCACUGGCCAUGGCGUCAAGUGCGAUGAAUCCACUGCCACGGGUGAGUCCGACCAGAUAAGGAAAAUCAGCAGCGAGGAGGUCUGGCGUAGAAUCGUUGACGGCACGGCAACCAAAGAUCUGGACCCGUUCAUCCUGUCCGGGAGCAAGGUGCUGGAAGGCGUGGGGACAUAUCUCGUCACCAGUGUUGGGCGGUUCUCCACGCAUGGAAGGAUCAUGAGUUCAUUGCAGACAGAAAACGACCCAACACCGCUGCAAGUCAAGCUGGGGAGAUUGGCCAAUUGGAUUGGUGGAUUAGGGACGGCAGCUGCUGUCAUUCUGUUCCUCGUUCUUUUCAUUCGGUUUCUCGUUCAGCUGUCGGGCAACAACGAGUCGUCUGCUAUCAAAGGACAGGAGUUCAUGGAUAUUCUCAUUGUCGCUGUCACCGUUAUUGUAGUUGCCAUCCCUGAGGGACUUCCACUGGCAGUGACUCUCGCCCUGGCCUUUGCCACAACGCGAAUGGUGAAGGAAAACAACCUGGUGAGGGUAUUACGCGCUUGCGAAACCAUGGGCAAUGCCACUGUAAUCUGUUCGGAUAAGACAGGAACACUCACCCAGAAUCAAAUGACUGUUGUUGCUGGUGUAUUUGGUGAUAACAUCCAGUUUAACAACAUGGAGAUGGCGGUUGAGGAUAAGCAAUGUUACCAAACAAUCACUGAUACUCUGACAUACUUCCCAGCAGCGCUCAAAGCCCUGGCUGUCAAGGCUAUCGCGCUGAACUCCACGGCCUUUGAAGAAUUCAAAGAUGGUGCCAGGCAAUUCGUGGGGGACAAGACUGAAGUUGCUCUGCUUGAGUUCGCCAACGACCAUCUCCAGAUGAAUUUUGCGGAGGAGCGGCCUCAUUCUCGGGUCGUCCAUGUGUUUCCAUUUGACUCGAAUCAGAAGUGCAUGGGGACUGUGUACUAUGACCACUCGAUUGGAUAUCGAUUGCUUGUCAAGGGGGCUGCUGAAAUUAUGCUGAGGUCAUCGACUGAGAUCAUCGCUCAACAAGCCAACCAAAUGCUGACCAGAAAACACCUUGAUUCUGACACUCGAGAGGCUUUGACUGGGAAAAUUGACCAAUACGCAGGGUUGUCUCUAAGAGCAAUUGCGAUGGUCUAUAGAGACUUUCCCGACUGGCCACCCCAGGCGUUGGAGAAAAACGAGGAUAGUGAACUGCGGUUGGACAGCCUGAUGGCCGAUAUGGUAUGGAUUGGUGCAGUAGGCAUCCAUGAUCCACUACGGCCAGAAGCAUCUGCUGCCAUCAAAAUAUGCCGUACUGCAGGGGUCCAGAUCAAAAUGGUCACUGGUGAUAACAUCAAGACUGCAUCUGCUAUUGCUUCAUCGUGCGGGAUCAAAACACCAGAUGGUAUCAUCAUGGAAGGUCCUGCGUUUCGGAAACUCCCACCCGAGGCAAUCGAUACUAUCCUUCCAAAACUUCAGGUUCUGGCGCGUUCGUCACCGGAUGAUAAGCGAAUCCUUGUCGACCAUCUCAAACAUCUUGGUGAGACGGUUGCAGUAACGGGGGAUGGCACCAAUGAUGGCCCUGCGUUGAAGUCUGCUGAUGUAGGUUUUUCAAUGGGAAUCAGUGGCACUGAAGUCGCCAAGGAGGCCAGUUCGAUUAUCCUUUUAGAUGAUAAUUUCAAAUCCAUCGUCACCGCCAUUGCAUGGGGUAGGGCUGUGAAUGAUGCCGUCUCCAGGUUUCUACAGUUUCAAAUAACAGUCAACAUCACCGCAGUUGCUCUGACAGUAAUAACAGCCAUCUACAGCAACUCGAAUGAGAGUGUGUUGAAUGCCGUUCAACUCCUAUGGGUGAACCUGAUCAUGGAUACCUUUGCAGCCUUGGCCUUAGCUACUGAUGCGCCAACAGCCCAGAUUCUAAACCGAAAGCCAGCUCCAAAAAGCAGCCCCUUGUCUACGAGAACAAUGUGGAAGAUGAUCAUUGGUCAAUCUGUAUACAAACUGACAGUCUGCUUGACCCUCUAUUUCGCUGGGCCCCGUAUCCUCAAUUAUGACAUAUCGAAUCACCAUAAACAACUGGAACUCGACACCAUCAUCUUCAAUACAUUCGUAUGGAUGCAGAUAUUAAACGAACUCAACUGUCGACGACUGGAUAACAAAUUCAACAUCCUCGAGGGAAUCCACAGGAACCGCUGGUUCAUGGUGAUCAAUAUCAUCAUGGUCGCCGGCCAGAUCACCAUAAUAUUCGUUGGCGGUGCCGCAUUUGGAGUGACACCGCUGGAUGGCGUACAAUGGGCCAUCUGCAUUGGAUGUUCAGUCUUCUGCCUUCCCUGGGCUGCUCUGAUGAAGCUGGUUCCGGAUGAAAAAUUCGGAGUUGUUUUUGAUUUUGUGGUCAAGAGUAUUGUGCUCUUCCUUUACCCCAUUCAGAGACUUUACUCUUCCGCUUUACAUGGAAUUCGCCAACUAUCCAGAGCAGUCUUUCCCCAUGUUUCUUGCUUUCAUUUUCGUCGUAAUAGCCCGGCGUCUCGGGAUGAACAUAUGGAGGGAACUGUGGAGCGCUCUGGAGAGGAUCAGGUCUAA